AGCCGGACGAGUCGGAACAGUCGGUCACAUGUGGUUAUGGCGAAAGGACGUUUGAUCUAACAUUAAUGCAAUCGGUUUGUACAGCAGUGACUGUAGUGGGAUUAUUUUUGCGGAUGUUAAAAUGGUUGUGCCUCAGUUUAUGUUGAGUUAGUGACGAAAGAUCCUUAUCUUGUGUGCAGGUAGUGGCUAAACUUAUAAGGAUGUUAAUGUUUUAUGAACAAGUUUAGUGUGUUUGUAAAAAACUCUUUAAAUCUGAAACUAGUGGAAAUUCUAUUGCGAUCACAAGAAGCUAGUGAACCUACGAACCAUAGCUAAUGUGUGGUGGUUAAAUCAUUGUUCUGAGAAGGAUAACCAAAACCAAUUAUUUCUUUGUGUGUGAAAGAAAAUGCUCCAGCAAGGAUAUUGUGAUCUAACACACGCAGACGUAUCUAGUGGCAGUGAAACGAACAAUAAUACACCGUUUUCGGUGAAGGACAUACUGAACAUGGUCGAAUCCGGUGCAGGAGUCAUGGAUGGAUAUCUCAACUGUCAGAUGGAAAGUGCCCCUAAUCACUUUUCAUACUCUGCCUACUCCGGCUACGACACUUCCUAUCAUCCACCGGAUCCGUACGGAAUGAUUUCUCACGGAUACCUCACGCAAGCUCACCACCACCAUGACCUCAACUAUGGACCCUCUACGUACGAUUUUAGCUCUCCCUCCGUUCCCUCCGCAGUCCUGCCAACUCAUCUACCACCUCCCCAUUAUUCACACACUCAACCGUACGGCUACCAUCAUAACACUACGAUUAGUGCGGCCAUCAAUGGCUCGGCUAACGCAACCUCCAGCCCAGCACUCAGUUCCGUAGCGAGCUCGGUGGGGUCUGAGCUAGAGCUGGCAGUCUAUGGUAAUCCGGAAAAGCCACCAGUAAUGGGCGCCGAACACGACCAUCAGUGCUCCAAUUUUAUGCUCCAGGACGUACGUUCCACCCUGCUGGACACUAGCACACCAUUGGACAUUACGUCCGGUACGAGAAGUCCACACGACGGAAUGAAAGUAAAAGAUGAGUCCUUUUCGAGCGUUUCCACGUGCGUCACCUCGGAACACGUGCAGGAGCUGGACAGCCUGUGUCAGCUGAACAACAACGCCAACACUGAAGAGGAUAUCAUGCAAAAAGAAUGUAGCACCCAGCUCGUCACAUCGUCUCGCUGCGAGUUGCGCAAGAACGGAAAGCUACGGGCCAAACGAAAGCCUCGCAUUCUGUUCUCCCAGGGACAGGUGUUGGAGCUCGAGCGUCGGUUUCGUCAGCAGCGCUACCUGUCGGCACCGGAACGAGAGACGCUAGCUAGCAUCCUGAAGCUCACACCAACCCAGGUUAAGAUAUGGUUUCAAAACCGUCGCUACAAAUCGAAACGCGUCCAGAUCGAAAGUGCCACAGCGACUAAAUGCGAUACAACUUCGGCUGGUGGUGGUCCUCGGUGUCCUUCAGAUUCGGGGUCUAGUAGCAAAGAUUACGAUGAGCUAUCUCUUGGGAUUACAGUUGCACCUGGGUCAGGCAACUAUGGUCCAGGAUUCCAUGGAUCGGCAAGUAGUAGUAGUACGGGAUCAGCUGCUGCGAUGGGAUCAAACAUGGGCUCCUCGAUAGGUGGGGGAUCGUCAUCUACAGCUCCACCUCCUCCAUAUCCGGCCUAUGGCAUUCAGUACUCAGAACAGUACUCGUCCCCUCCGCCUCCUCCGCCACCACCAAACCCAUACUACGAUCAAAAAGUGUCCUACUGGUAGUACGUUAGAUUAAAUAGGUCAAUCAGCUGUAAAUAUUAUUUCAUUAUUUUCAACAUUCUUUAUAGCGAGCCCAAUCUUUAGACCAAACGUAGACAAUAAAACGAUGAAAUUGAGUCAAUGCCAAUGAA